AUGACAUGUAAGAAUUUAAAAGAAAACUUUGGACUGGAAUAUGACAAGCCGAAUGCGUUUGUACGAUCUCAGUGUUUUCCUGAUUGCGUGUACCUCCUUUGGAGUGCAUUCUGCUUCUUGUAUCACUUUGUAUGGAUUAUUCUGGAGAUUUACUGGGAAAUAACUGACCAAACAGAUAAUAAGUCCUGGUUUAUCUUCCUUACAAACUGGGGCUACCUCGUGAUAUUUAUCUACUUUGGUUUGGAUUGCUCUUUCUCUAUCUAUAUACAUUGUGUGAGAAAGGGAUCAGUCACGCCAUCAAACUCGAUGAAUCUUUAUCUUAAAACGGUGUGGGUGAUUUUCAACAUAAUGAACGCAUCUUCAAUUCUUAUCACCUUCUCAUACUUUACAUUUUUGGAUGCAAACAUGCAUGCGAGGAGCAUUAACAAACAUAUGAUAAAUUCAGUGUUCACAGUUCUGAACAUUGUAAUCACUGACAAACCUGUACGUUUCUGGCAUAUGUGGUUUCCUGCCUUGUUUGCAGUUAUAUAUCUGAUAUUCAAUGGGGUCUACCAGAAAGUGGGAGACGAAGAUCCUAUAUAUCCUGUAUUAGACUGGAAUAAAUUUGGCAGUGCUUUGGAAUUUUCUUUGCUAGAACUUUUGAUUGCCCUUCCAGUUAGCCACACCAUCGUUUUUGUAUUUUAUAAACUUAGAUGUUGCUGCCCUAGGAGACCUCAUGAAGAAUCACCAACAUAUGAACAUUUCAACAAUCCAGAGUCACCAGAUAAACAAGAUAUACAUUCUUUAGAGUUGGCUAUUAACCCUCAGGGAAUGUACAAAACAUUCAACAAAAUGUAAAAAAAAAUAUCUUCCCAGCGAAAUCAUGGUUGAAAUAUGUAUUGGAAAAAAAUUCCCUGUUCAUAACUCCCUCGUACUCAUUAUUUCACUGUGAAUCGGUAUUUGUGAUGUUUCUUUAAAUUGGUGCCAAGUGUCGAGUUGAACUUUUUGUAACAAAACCUUUUUCCGUAUUUGUAGAUUAUUAUCAUAAAACGUGAAAAAAACUUUAUUACAUGUAAAAGUCCUUUGUAUGUUUUAUAAUAACGUUAGACUAUCAAUAACAAGGACUGUUUAUGUUUGUGGGCUAUGAGUUUUUGACCAAAUGAAUAAGCAUAUGUAAAUUAGUAAAGAAGACUAUUCAAGAGUCGGCACUUGUAUCCAAUCCCUUUGACAUACAGACCCUGAGACGUGCUACUACCCAAAAAAGCGUGUAAUUGUCAUGUUCUUUUCGUUUCGUGCAACCUGUGUAACGUUUCGUGUAAACCGUGCAGCGUUUCGUGUAAGCUCCAAAGCGUUUCGUGUAAACCUUGUAACGAGCGUGUAAGAUUGAUUGAAUAUUUUAAACACCGAGGCGGCAAUUUUUCAACCAUUUGUAUCAGCGGACCAUUAGUUUAAAUCGGUUUUUGAAAGUUUAUGGUCUCUCUGGCGGCCCCCAGUGAGCCUACUCUUUUUUGAACUCCAGAGAGACGAUCUUUUACGUGCCAAGAAGGUUGUUAGCGAGCGUGUGAGAAACGUGCGACUUUCGUGUAAGAAUCGUGUUAGAAACGUGUCAGAUUCAUUCGGAAAUCACUUUCAUUUUUAAUAUGGCUAUCGAUUGGUUAAGAUAUCAAAUUGUGUUAGUAUUUUAUUAUUUGAAUUAGUUAUUCUUGUCGUAUUUUAGGAGUUAAAAAAAUGGAACAACUGAAUGAAAUUACACGUUAAUGUAUUAUACAUUUGUUUGCUUAUUUUCUUCUAAAGAAAAUGUGUUCAAGUUAAUUAAUUACACUGUACAUAUAUGCACAACAAUAUUAAGGGCAAUGAGUUCAAUAUACUAUUUGAAAUAUUUUUCUCAAAGAAAGAAAUAAAUGCGCAAUCAUACAUAUAUAUCCGUAUUGUCCUU